AUGGAAGGUCACGUAGUGGUUGUAAUGCUCGACCCCGGCGGUGUGGCUGCCGAGGAUCAACGGAUCGAGUUAGGCGACGUGUUGGUCACCAUGUACGGUCAACAUCUGCGUCAGAAUGCCUCUCAAAUUCACUCACUUCGUGCACAACACGAUGGACAACCAGUUCCUGUUGGUGUGGUCAAGGCUCGACUAGAGGAUGGGUCUGUCUAUCGACCGCUACAGUCGAUUCUGCGGCAUCACGGUGCAGGACAUUUACUCCCUAUGCUGGAUCAUUCGAACAGUGUCCAUUCCGAUCCGAAUUCGUGCAAUCACUCAUUCUUCCUCGACAACCCCUGGUGUCAGCUAGUCUACAUCGGUCAGUGUGAUGUUGGAUCGGACGGUGGAGUACACCUGAUCAACCAGAGUAUCAUGCAUGUCCUCAUGCGUCAGUCAACCACGUACAAACCGACCCCGGUCUCUAUGGAAUUAGCUAUACUUACCUGA